CAUCACUCAUACGGAUCAACUUCCAUCUUAGAAUAGUAGCCUCUUCGGGCUUUCGUCAUAUCACGUGAUUGUUUUAGUAAGAGACGAAAAAAUCUAGUACAGUACAUUUGUCAACGGCAGGUAUUUAAACAGUUUAUUGUUUACAUCGCACCGAGCGAUGAUUUAAAGGGAAUGUCGUUUUACAAAUAACGAUAGUUUGAUAUAAUAAAAGUGCCAUAUAUUCUGGUCAAUGAUAAGUGUUUACGUUGAUGUAAAUACUAAUUAUACUGGUUAAUCUGAAAAAUGGAAGAUUAUAAAAAUGUUCUGUGUUCAGUAAACGAUAAAGAUGAUGUCUUAGUAAAUAGGGAUUAUUCUGUAACAAGUUUACCAGCGAUAUUGGAUGGUGAAUUGUUUCGUGUAAUUGAACGUAAUGGGUUAAAGAUAUCAGCCAAAUGUUGCAACUGUCCAGGUGAGAAGAUAAUUCUUGGCACAAAAACAUCAACAGGGAAUUUUUUAAGCCAUAUUAAAAGAGUACAUCCAACAUUAUUAGAAAAAGCAAGAAACAAGAGAACCAGAGUAGGUCUAAGAAAAUGGCCAGAUGUUUCAAUAUCUUCCCAGGAUAAUGUGCCUUUAUAUUUAACUGGAAACAGUUCAAAUGUUUCACAGAAUGAGGCAGAUAAUGUUAUUGUCAACUAUAUAGUAAGUGACAUAAAUCCUUUAUCAGUUAUGGAAAAACCAUCAUCUAAAAAUUUUAUCAAAGAAUUUUCAAAAGGAUCAAACAGUGUAGUGCCUUCUCAAAAAAAUGUGUAUUCAAGAAAUGGUACAUUAUGGAAACAUACAUCAAAUAAAAUUCUUCCACCUGAUAAAAAUCCAAAUGAAUUAAGGAAAAGACUUUUAAAAUUGAAAAGAGAGUAUUAUGAAAUAAAACGUUAUUUAAAAUUUAGUAAUCAUCCAGAAUGGAAGUAUAUGAAAUCAAUUAGCCAAUCAUCUCAUUCUAAUCACAUACAAGAAAAAAAGUGUGAUUUAGAUAGUUUAGAAGUUGAAAUAGACACAAAACAUUCAUCAGAAAUAUCAAGAAAUUACAAUGAAGAUAAAAGAAGUAAUGAAGAUGGUAUGGAGCAGUCAAUGUCAGAAUUUCAAAGGAAUAUUCCAGAAGAUAUAAGAAAUCCUGAAGAUAAUUUAGAAUUUGAAAUUGGGCAGAUGCCAGAUAUGUUAAGAAAUACGGAGGGAAUACCAGAGACUGUGGUCUGUAAUACAGUUGAAGGUAGAGAACCAGAUUCUCCCAGUACUUCAGCAUCACAACUUUCAGAUGUUUUAUUUUCUACAUCUUCGACGUCAACUGAUGAGGAAAAACAUUCUUCUCCGUAUGUACACUAUUUUUUAAUUAAAAAUAAUGCAUUACAGAUAAAAACAUAGUAUUAUUAAUAUAAU